GUGAAUCACGUGUUGUUUUGUUUGCAAUUAAUAACAAACUAUUAAUUGAUUUAGACUUGAAUUAGACGUUUGUGUGGACACAAGUAGUGAUGUCUUCGUGAGUGUUGUCUUCAUAUUGUUGUGGAUGUCAUCGAGUGAUAGUCUUCCGACGACUUAUCAGUCAAUCCUAGAGUUGUUUGCCGUCAGCCAAAAGCCGUAUAAAUGCGAUUACAAUGAAUGUCACAAAAGUUUCGCCACUCAAUCACUAUUGGAUGCACACAAACACCGCAAACAUGCCGUCGAAUACAUCACUCCUCGGGAACCGAUUUUUAGCUCAACCGAUGCCAGAGACCAGUCGACAACAGCCACAGAUGACAGUCAACAGCAGCAGUCAGUGGCCACUACGGCUGUCCCACCAAUGGUGCCGACAAUCACAUCCACUUCCAGUCCCGACAACCAAUCGCUGGACAACACGUGCGAUGACGAUUCAGACACUGAUAUCGAAAUCGUGGACACAAUACCGGCGGUAAACACCGGCCAAACACUUACACCACUCCGUGACAAACAAAUGUCCAACACUUCACUCGUGGACAACAAUCCGUGCCUUAAUAUUAAUGUAAAUACUGGUCACACGUCCGCCGAUAACCCGCUGCCGACUACCAGCCAAACUGUCAUUGAUUUGCCGACAACUCAUAUUUGCCGUAUCGGCGGCUGUGGUCUUCAGUUUACCAUUGAAUACAAGCUAAUCGCACACCAGAGGGUUAUGCACAAGACAACGGCGCCCGGCGUUAGUGGUGUUCGGUUGACUGUCCACUCGUCGCCACCGACAGCACCGGUACCCAAACGGCACGGCUGUGCGCACAACGGCUGCGGCCAAUCGUUUGCAACUAAACUGGCGAUGAGAAUACACUUACAGUCUGACCACUCGCGCGCUGGUGGCGGACAGUAUUGGUACGACUCUCGCACCCAAUCAUAUCACAGCAAACAAGCGCUCGACAAACAGCGGCUGACUGUCCACUCGGCGGCCACUCGUGUACUUCAGACGCCCGUUGGGAUUGAAGUUAAUGUUCCGCCAGGUAUGGACACUACAGUCGCUGAUGAUAGACCCAUAGAGCCCACGACUGGCCUACCGGUGCAGUCAAUCACUGCCACUACUCAUCCAAACAACAGUGAUCUGAAACCUGAGCUCAAAGUACUAGAUGUCAAACCGGAACCCAAACACACCGUCGAUGCAAAACCACUGCCGCUGACCACUGGACACACAUUAGACCAGAAAUAUAUUGAGAUUUGCGAUACGAGUAGUGAUGAAAACAGUGGACUUGAAAUAGUGGCUGAGUAUCGGCGCGACAAUUGCGGCCAUUCAUUGACCAGACAUACGACUGACGGCCAGUGCCAGCCAUUAGCGGACACUAAAGUGGUCGUCAGUUGCGAUAUCAAAACAGAGGGCGAAACAGUGACACCGGCGGAGACAUUACAGGCGCCCAUUCCUAUGGACACUACAGUAGCUGAUGAUAGAGCUGUAGGGCCUACGACUGCCCUACCGGUGCAUUCUUUGGACUCUCAUCUCACAGUAAGAAACACAAUACCGGAGACCAAAUUCACGGCUGAUAUAAAGCCACUGAUAGUUCACUCGGCGGCCGCAGAGACACUACAGGCGACCCUUCCUAUGGACACUACAGUUCCUGAUGAUAGACCGGUAGAGCCCACAAGUGCUCUACCGGUGCACUCAAUCACUACAAACACUGAUUCAAACAACAGUGAUCUGAAACCUGAUCUCAAAGUACUAGAUGUCAAACCGGAGUCAAAACACACCGUCGAUACAAAGCCGCCGAUAACUGAUCACAAAUCAGAUGAGAAAUAUAUUGAGAUUUCCGAUACGAGUAGUGAUGAAAACAGUGGUCUUGAAAUAGUGGCUGAAUAUCUGCGCGACAAUUGCAGCCAAUCAUUGACCGGACAUACGGCUGACGGCCAGUGCCAGCCGUUAGCGGACACUAAAGUGACAGUCAGUGUCGAUAUCAAGACAGAGGGCCAAACAGUGACACCGGCGGCGACACAUGAAGUGGUUACUAAUCGGGCGCAUCCGUGCGGUCGAUGCACGCAAUCGUUUGAUACCGUAGACCAAUGGACGGACCAUAAGCUUACGUGCAGCCGAUGCCCAAAGUGUGGUGAAGUGUUUGCCAAUCGGUUUACGCGCUUAUACCAUAUGGUCAGACAUCACCCGAGACCCAAACCGUCCGAUUGGGUGCGCAAAGCGAUAAAACAGGUCUUAAAGAGCACAAGAGUUGGCCGCAAACCGGCCAAAAAAGGGGUUCGCAAACGUCGACCGAUAAAGUUUUGGUGCAAACAGUGUCCGAUGCGGUACACGUCGGCCGUAUGGUUCGCCAAACACAUGGCGCGCGUCCACCGCCAGCGGUGGCGACCGAAAGUGGGCGGCAAACAUAAGCGCCGCAGACAUGCCGGCCCCCGGGCUAAGAACAUAAAAUGCCCGGACUGUCACGUAUGGCUGGCAAACGAUGAUUGCGUCCGUAAUCAUCGGGUGUCUGUCCACUCGUACCGGCCGUACGCCUGCCAUAUGUGCGACACACUGUUUGUCGGCGCAAAGAAGUUGAUGCGACACCAGAAGAGUGUCCACUCGAUGUUACCGCCGAAGUCGAUGACCUGCGAGAAGUGCGGCAAAGGGUUCGGCGCAUCCAACGCUUUGGUCGAUCAUAAAAGGGAUAAAAAGCAUUGA